UCGUGGUCGCGAGCGCGGGCGCCGCAGUACGACUACCACCAGUGUGCUAGGCUGUGUGUACUGUUUUGAUCGUUUUUUGCCAGUGGACGGCGCAUUGAGGUGUUCGGAAGAUUUGCUUCCAUCGUGGUUCGCUCAGUAUGCGGUUAAGCGCGUACGCGCGUGGACUGAAAGAGCCUGAAAAGUCGCGCUAUGAACAAAAGGUGCGCCUCUGCGGCGGUGUUGACCCUCUUGACUUGAACGAAUCAGAAGUGAAGUGCGACGUUAACCUUUUGCCACGUGUGGAUUUCACAGACAUCAAGGAUUACCUCGUCCAUGCAACGAGCUUCAUAACUCGAGAGCAGCUGAAAUCAUACAAGGCUUUGGAAGCUCACAAUUAUCUGACCAGCGGUUGGGUGCAGGAACCGCGUCUCAAAGCUCUCGCCUACAGCCGAGUGGUCAUCGUUGGCAGGGUAAGCUCCUUUGUUUUCUUGUAACACCGUCAAGUGUUAUGUAUUGAAGCGGUGGCGUGAUGUCGAGCGCUGAUCUGUUUCGAAAUCGUCGCGUUACCAGAACGAUUUCAUUACUCUGCGUAGCGUCAUCGGCGGCAGCGUAAAUGUGCGCACUGUUCGAUCAAAAAUGUGCAAUCUCUUCGCAUUUCUUCGCUGAUUUAAGCGCUUUUACCGCAACGAUCGCGGAUUGUCGAGAACUGAUCUAGUUUUUUUUUUUUUUUUCCAAUUUUCUCGUUACACAAGCGACUUUUGACUGAGCAUAGGCAGCGGCGUAAAUGUGUCGAUUGUUCGAUCGCAAAACGAGCAAUCUCUAAUCAUAAAAUCUAAAUGCCGAGACACUAAUAUUCAUGCAUUAUGCCAACAUGUUCGUUUUAGCAUUCCUGAUGCAUGCGUGUGUACUGUGGGUUUGCUAAUGCUCAUUGGCAAACAGCCUAGUUCUGGCUGCUGCGGCACAACUGCGAUGUUUGCGCGCAAACAUGUUUUUUUUUUUCUGAACGAGCUCUGAGGUAACAAUCCUUAAGGAAAAGCUUUCAUAACUGUUGUUUUCUCACCAGCUUAUUCUCACUUUAAUGCAGGUUCUACACUCCCAGUCACUGAGUGAGAAACCACUGCACCCCUGGCUCCUUGUGAAAGAAGAUGGGCUGGUGCAAGCUGCGCACUGCACAUGCAAGGCAGGCUUAGGAGAAGCCUGUUCCCACAUUGGCGCUAUCCUGUUUUACAUACAGGCUGUCGUGCAGAGACGGGAUGGACAAGCCUGCACCGAUAAAGAAAAUGCAUGGCUGCCGCCACCUGUACGGUCCCUUGAAGCAAAGCCUGUGUCAGGUGUGAGCUUUUCAUCCUCAAAGAUGAAGAAGAGAGUAAUCGACGGUGAAACACCAUGUCGUGGGAAACUGCGCCGGGUGAAUGUUCAACCUACCACAGAUUAAAAGUGGUCAGAAUUUUUAUCAGCGUGCCACCAAAGUGGGAGCAGACCAGCACUGUUAUCCCUGGAACCAAAAUAUGCUCAUCACUUCAUCCCUGCCGCGACAAAAUUUCCAAGUGCCAUCCUGACCAACAUGCAGCAGGAUGAUCAACCCACCACAUGGAGUUCCGUAAUGGAGCGAUGCUCCCAGCUGGCUGAAAGUCUCACAGUUGAGCCACAGGUUGCAGAGCUCAUCGAGGAAAGCACAAGGGAGCAGGCAAAAUGCACAAAAUGGUUUGCAUUCAGGACAGGCCGCAUCACUGCAUCUAUUGCAAAGACAGUAUGCCGAACAUCGUUGAGUGAUCCUGCAAUGUCGCUCCUCAGAAAAAUUUGUUAUCCUGAAAGUACACAGUUUUGGUCACCACAGACUGCUUGGGGAAAAGAACAUGAAGGAAAGGCGAGAGAUGCCUACAAGGCUAUGUCACAGGACAUACAUAUGAAUUUUGUCUGCAAGGAUUCUGGUCUUCAAAUCUCCACCGAGCUGCCAUUUCUGGCUGCCUCUCCUGAUGGCAUUAUAAGUUGCACCUGCUGCAAAAAAGGAGUCUUAGAAAUAAAAUGUCCAUUUAAUGGCAGAGACGACCAUGCACGGGUGCUUGCUACACAAGAGAGCUCCUGUAUAACCGUUGUGGAUGGGGCUGUGAAGCUCAAGCAGCACCAUCCCUAUUAUUACCAAAUACAAAUGCAGAUGUUUGUGUGUAAGGUGAAGUACUGCGACUUAGUAUUGUGGACUUUGAAAGAUUUUAUUGCAAUCAGAGUGUACAAGGAUGCACAGUUUUGUGCCAAGAUGGUGAAGCGCUGUGAAGAAUAUUUCAAGUUGAUCCUUCUGCCUGAACUUUGCUUCCAUUACUGGACUGGCAGGUGCAGUGGAAAUCUGCUAGAAACUGCUGAAGACUGCGAGACCUCGCAAGAGGAAGUGUAUUGCUUGUGCCAAGGGCCAGAGUCGGGCAAAAUGGUCAUGUGCGAGAGUGCUGCUUGCAAGUAUGUGUGGUUCCACUUCAAAUGUGUGAACCUAAAAAAAGCACCUAGAGGAAGUUGGUUCUGCUGCGAGUGUAAAGAAAAACACAAGAAAGAUUAGCAUGUUUCAUGUACAGAACUGUUCUUUAUU